AUGCAGUUCUUCACAGCUUUGAUCCUGGCUCUCCCAACUCUGGGUUUGGCUCAGCUCUCGAAUAACAACCUUGGCUCCAGACCAGUCCAACGUGGAGUCAUCACGUCAGCUCAGGCUCUCCAAGCCAUCAAUGCUGCAGCCGCGCAUGCCAGCAACAUCUCAGUCGCCGAAAGCAUUGCCAUUGUGGACCCGUCGGGCAAUCUCGUGGCAUAUCUCAGACAAGACAACUCAUGGCCUGCGGCCUUCGACAUCGCCACCAAAAAAGCCAGGACUGUCGCUGGCUUCAACGGAGCUUUCACAAGCGCUGGCCUAUACAAUGGGACUCAACCGGGCGGAGCCUUUUGGGGUCUAGAGAAUACAAACUCCGGCUUGGUCGUGUUUGCAGGGGGGACCCCGAUCUUCGUCGGUGAUCGAUUCAUCGGUGCAAUUGGGGUCAGUGGUGGUUCGGUUGACCAGGAUGCUGCGAUUGCAGAAGCGGGAGCGAAGGCCAUCGGAACGACCGCGUGA